GAGAGACUGGCAUUACCUUCGUUGUUGGAUCAAUCCACUUCUUACAGAAGGCAACUGAAACAGCGCUUGGAAGAACUAAGGAAAAGAAGGGAAAAACUCCAAGGUGAUAGAGCUGUCAUUGAAGAACAGAGGGAUAGCUUGAUGUUACCAGUACUUGCAAUUAGAGAGGUGGGUUCAGCUUUGGAGAUAAAUUUGAUAACUGGGGUGAAUCAGAACUGCCUAUUGUAUGAAAUUUUCAGUGUUCUUCGUGAAGAAGGUGCUGAAGUUCUGACUGCUAGCUGCUCAACUGUGGGUUCAAGGACAUUCUAUUCCAUUUAUUCACAGGUCUGUUUAUCCUCUCUUCCAGUAUUCCUUAUCAUGACUGCUAUUUUUUUUCACUAA